AUGACUAAUGAAAUUUAUAAAAUUGCAAAAGAAUUUCUUAAAUAUGAAAACAUUAUGAAUAAUUCCGAUAGUACAGGUAGUAGUCUAAAUGAGGAUAAUUUUAUAGGUAUUACUAAUGAAAAUUUUCCAGGUUUUAGUAAUAAUGUUAAAACCAUAUGCAAUAAAUUUGAUAAAUAUACAACUACUAUACAAACUUCUCAUUAUACAACCAUGCUUAACAAUUCCAGUUGCUUAUAUUUGUAUUAUUGGAUAUAUUAUUAUAAUAAUAAUAAUCAAAGGAAUAUUGAAGAAGUUAAAAAGCUUUAUGGUGAAUUGAUCAAUGCUGAUUCUACAAGCCAUAAGGAGAUAUGCAAAAAUUAUGUUGUCACUACUAUUACAGAAGAUAUAAUGUUAAAGCUCAAACAUUUGCAUGACAUGUACACUAAACUUAAUAGUAUACAGAAUAAUAGUAGUUUUCAAUGCCGAGAUAAAUGUAAAUGUGCUAAUGAGUGCGCUCAACUAUAUAUGGAAUACAAGAAUCCAUGUGAAUCCAAUAGUUACUCUGAUUUUUGUAAUGAAUUAAUAAAUGUUAGGGAAACAUAUAAUACACUAAAUAAAACUCAAUGUUUCGACCAAUUAACAUAUAAAAUGUUACCUUUGUUCCAAAAAAGUAAUAUGGCAGUUUCUAUUGUAAUUACAAUUAUUGUGAUAUUUUUAAUAACAUUAACCUUAUUUAUUAUGCAUAAAUUUACCCCAUAUAAUUCAUGCUUUCAAGGAACUUUAAGAAGAAAAAGAAAUAAGUGGAAUAAUAUAGAUAAAGAUUAUAAUAUAUUCCAAUCGUACAAAAAUGUGAGCAGUCCUGCUAUGAAGAGUAGACACCAUAUUUUAUAUCAUAAAUUUUAA